AUGGUUAGACUACCAGAAUGUAUUAAAGAGUUUUCUCGUGAGCAGUACGACCAGUAUGAAAGUUUAUUAGAGUAUGAGAGACUUUUAGAUGAGUCAAUACUACAACAGAGAUAUAGUUUAAGUGAUGUAUGGCUAACUCUGAUGGAUGAUAAGAGUAUCAGAUGUUAUAGGAAAAAGUUGAGAGUUCAUAUAUUCAAUACAUAUGAGAGUCAAAAACCAGCAGAUGUUGAGUUGGAAUCUUUUAACUUGGAUAAUGACUGGACAAGAAGGGUUCCUCCAUCUUGGACACUCAAAAUACUUGGGUCAAUUAUCCAAGGAGAUUCUUAUCAGCCUAAAUUUACUUCGAUAUUCUCCAGAAUUAUAAUUCAAUUAUCAGAUACGGAAACUAUUGUAUGGGAUAAAAAGACUAGUCCAACCCCAGAGUGUGAUGGAUUGGAAAUACAUCGUAUAGGAGAUGAAGAAAAAGAUAUAGAUAUACUGUUUUUCUUAGAUUAUAGAACUCCCCAUUAUAGUCUAUCGCCUCAGUUAGAGGAGUUUAUGGGAACGAGUUUAGCAAACCUUCCAAGCAUAGUAAAAAGAAUUUGGCAGUAUGUAGAACUAAAAGGACUUCAAAACUCAAAAGUUUCUCACGACAGCAUUAUGAUAGAUGAGUAUCUUGGGAAAUUGUUUUCAGUAGAUAGUAAACAUGUUCUGCUUAAAGAUGUUCCAGAUCUUUUAAAAAAGCAUUUACUACCUCCACGACCAAUAAAAAUUAGGCAUAGAUUAACCCUGAAAGGGGAUUGGAUUGACAAUGAGUCAACUUAUGAUUUUACUAUAGAUCUUACUGAGAAUGUUCCUGGUGACAUUACAUUAUGGCUACCAAAUAUGUCAACUAGAAUCCAAGAGAGUGGUGAGCUCUCCAGCAUUAAUAAAGCUUUAGAAGAGCUUUACCAUAAGAAUCAAAGUAUUUUGUCGAAAAUAUAUAGCUCUUGUAAUAAAAUGAACUUUUACCAAGGAUUUGCAAAUGACCCUGUAGAGUUUAUUCAUACACUCUUAACUACAAAACACUUCCAAUUGUAUGGAAACAACUCCAUUAAUAACAUACUAUCGGACCCUAAUGCUAUUUAUGAAUACCAAAUUGCUGAUAAAUAUGCUGAAUAUUAUAGACAGCCUUGGGUACCUAGAGCAAUAGAAAAGUAUUUAUCAUCCAAGAACAAAAAUUUUGAAGAGAGAGUAAAUAAGACAGUAGUUUCAGUCUCUGCAUGUGAAAAGAUUAGAAGACGUAAUGGAUUCUGCCAGGAUCAGAAGAUCCAAAGCCACCCAAGUCACCACAAUCCUUCGUAA